GCGUGCGCGCGCCGUUCAUGUUGCGGAGGAUGCUGUUCCCACAGCGGAAGAUGGCGACUGUUUGGAGUCUGCAGAUGAACCAGCGGAGCUGAUACAGGAGAAGAGAGGGAAGACACACACUGAAAACCAACAGAGAGGACCACGUCUGAAAUAACGACAAUAAUAAUGUCCCGGUUGUCUGACAAUGAGGACGGAUGCUUUGUUGCCAUGGAUACAGAGGAAGAUGGUGCAGACCCUGCUGGGAUAACAGAAGAAGCAGAGGGAAAGAUGGGGUCCAGCAGACAAGAAGGGAAUAUGGAAAGUGGUGCCAAAGGGGGGAGAACAAUGAUGGAGUUGCCGGAGGAAGUUCUCGAAUAUAUUUUGUCCUUCCUCUCACCUUACCAGGAGCACAAGACUGCUGCACUUGUAUGUAAGCAGUGGUAUCGCCUCAUCAAAGGUGUCGCUUAUCAGUGCUACCAUGGCUUCCUGAGGGCUGUCCAAGAGGGAAAUAUCCAGUGGGAAAGUCGCACAUAUCCGUAUCCAGGAACACCUAUCACGCAACGCUUUUCACACAGUGCAUGUUAUUAUGACUCAAACCAGUCCAUGUAUGUGUUUGGGGGCUGUACUCAGAGUAGCUGCAAUGCUGCCUUCAAUGAUCUUUGGAGACUUGACCUCAACAGCAAGGAGUGGAUCCGCCCUUUAGCCUCAGGCUCUUACCCGUCUCCCAAAGCAGGAGCAACCCUAGUGAUGCACAAAGACUUGCUAGUGUUGUUUGGGGGCUGGACUCGCCCGAGUCCUUAUCCACUGCAUCAACCAGAGAGGUUCUUUGAUGAAAUCCACACAUACUCUCCUUCAAAGAACUGGUGGAACUGCAUAGUAACAACUCAUGGACCUCCUCCAAUGGCUGGCCACUCCUCCUCUGUGAUUGGCAGCACCAUGGUGGUGUUUGGGGGAUCACUAGGAGCACGCCAAAUGAGUAAUGAAGUCUGGGUUCUGGAUCUUGAGCAGUGGUCCUGGUCCAAACCCCCCAUAUCUGGCCCAUCUCCCCACCCACGAGGAGGCCAGUCCCAAAUUGUGAUUGACAAUGAGACUUUACUUAUCUUGGGAGGCUGUGGUGGCCCUAAUGCACUCCUCAAAGAUGCAUGGCUCCUCCACAUGGGGGCACCACCUUGGACAUGGCAGCAGCUGCAGGUGGAAAAUGACGACCACGGAGCUCCUGAGCUUUGGUGUCACCCAGCUUGCAGGGUCGGCCAGUGUGUGGUGGUCUUCUCCCAGGCUCCAUCGGGCCGUGCUCCGCUCAGCCCAAGUCUUAACUCUCGGCCCUCCCCCAUAAGUGCCACACCUGCUCCUCUGGGGCCCGAACCACCUUCCCUGCGCUCUCAGUCCCCUGUACGGAGUGGGGCAGCUGGUGUGGUCCUAGGAGCUGUUGAGGAGGCUCCAUGUGUAAAUGGUCGAUGGGGCACCCUGAGACCCCGGCCUUCGGCCAGAGGAAGUGCCAGAGAAGGGAGCCCCUCCUCUUCGCAGCAGCCUUCUCCUUCACAGGGGCCAGAUAGCCCACCCCUUCCUCCACUUCCACCAUUACUAAACGGAUCCUCCCCCUCACCCCGGACCAGCCCAUCUCAGGCUGCAUCUCCGCCCCCUCGCCCUCACCCACCUGCCUCCUCGGACUAUGGCUGGGAGUCUCCCCCAUCUGGCACGCACCACCCUGAGGUGCCCAGCACUAACGGCCUGCACACACCCCCUACAGGUUCCCCACGUACUCCCCCAGGGGCAGUGUCCCCUGCUGCCUUACGACGAGGUCUAGAGGCAGUGAAAAACCUAUCCUCUUCAUCUUUGCUGUCGUCUUCGUCAUCGUCACCAUCCCUCCAGACACAGGGAACCGCUCCUGGGGGAGGAAGUAGUGGAGGAGGGGCAGCUCCUCCUGGAACACCUCCCUCAUCAUCCUCCAGUCCUCCACAGGCUGCUGGAGCUGAUGGACAUGCUAUCCCACCUAUUGCACGGCGCCUUGGCCAUCACCCACCUCAGAGCCUGAACGUAGGGAAACCACUUUACCAGUCACUCAACUGCAAGCCUAUGCAGAUGUAUGUUCUGGAUGUGUCCCGGGCCAAAACGGCUGGCGUGGUCUCCUGGAGAGUGUACGGGAAUGGAACUCCCGCUGCGGUGACAGGGCCGCCGGAGACCAGCCUUCACACAGUGGUACAGGGCAGGGGAGAGCUCAUUAUUUUUGGGGGCCUCAUGGACAAAAAACAGAAUGUGAAGUACUACCCUAAAACCAAUGCCUUGUACUUUGUGCGUGCUAAAAGGUAAUGCAGCCACAGCCAGGAUUUGGUUGACAGCUCCACCCUGUGGCCAUACAAGGGAAUUGACACACAAAGCCUUUUUUCCUGUAGAAAGGAUUAUGGUAAAAGAACAUAAUCGUUGUUAGAUGUUCCACUUCAGACUUAAACUGCUCCCCCUUCUGCCUACUGCAAGCAUUCAAAAUAAUAAAAUUUAAGUACACUUUGAUAAAAGCAUUUGUUUGAAUGCCCAUCCUGACUUGACCGUGUGUGUGUGCGCGUCUGUGUGAGUGUGUAUAUGCAGUGAUUAGAGAGAACAGAACUUUUAUUGUUCCCAAAAAGUGAUCUACCAUAGAAUGACAUUUGUUUUUCUGUAUCUCCCCUCCCUGAACUCUGAACAGAGAUGAGUUGGAAGAAUGGACAUUAAGAGGAACAGUUGAUGACUACCUUGCUUUUUUAUCACUCUUUAAGCCUGCAUUGUUUACAUUGACGACAAAGUGUGAGUGUGCGCGUGUGUGUUAUUAUGUGAGCAUGGUGGUCGUUAAAAGUUGUUUGUUGACUAAUGUGUGUAGGGGGGCCAUGACGGGUGAAAGAUGUUGCAUUGUACUCUAAGCAUAGUUAAACAAUAAAGGCCUCCAUGUCUUCUCCAA